GUAAACUAACGGCCGAUAAGAGAAGUUUACGUCAUUUAAUCAUGCCUCAAUCUUAUCAGACAAUGCGAUAACAUAACUGCUCCCUUUAUUUUGUUGAUAAUCCCCGAAAAAUAAUUGGGCCAACAAAAAAAGUUCAAUCAAGGUGGCAAAUUAUUCCAUCGACAGAACUCCAAGGGGGGACACGCAUUUCUUCAACAACAAUUAUCAGGAAAUAGUUCAGUUAAUUAUGGAUUUCUAUUACCUACCCCCCUCUCCGCCAUGCCGUGCCGUGGAUAUGUGCGCCCAGGCAGUUGGUGUAACAUUGAACAAGAAAAUUGUCCACCUCAUGGAUGGUGAACACAUGAAUCCGGAGUUCUUGAAAUUGAAUCCCCAACACUGUGUACCCACGAUUGUCGAUGACGGAUUCGUCCUGUGGGAAUCUCGUCCCAUACUCAUCUAUUUGGCUGAGAAAUAUGACAAAUCCGGCCAGCUGUAUCCCAAGGUACCCAAAACUAAGGCCAUCAUCAAUCAACGUUUGUACUUUGAUAUGGGCAUUUUCUUCAAAAGUUUCAUGGACUAUUAUCGCCCGAUUUUGAUGUUCAAUUUACCCGCCGAUCCGGAAAAAUUCAAAGAGGUACAAAAUGCCUUUGAAAUGUUGGACACUUUCCUCACCAGCAAACCGUAUGUCGCCGACACGGACACAUACACCAUUGCUGACAUUUCGUUGGUCUCCACCAUGACCAACUUUGAGUCGGCCGGUUUCGAUUACAGCAACUAUCCGAAUGUGGCCAAAUGGUAUGCGAAUUGCAAACAGGUUAUACCCGGCUAUGAAUGUUAUCGACUGCAACGAUAUGAAAUAUUUUAAGCCCAGAAACUGAAACUAAAAAACUAGAGAUGGAGAGUGAAGAAUGAAAAACAAAAAAGAGAUGGAAGAAAAACUAUUUUUUUUAUUUUGGCUUGAAGUUACUUUGCGGUAGUGAAAUAUUUUCUUAUAUUAAGAAAGGCAAAACGAAAUCUGUAACAUGACUUUAACCUGGAAAAUUUGCUGAAUAAAUAAAUGUUACACUCGAGUGGAAAUUUAAGUCGAAAUAAA